AUCAGGCUACUUGAGCUCCUCCCCGCGCACGACUUGAAUGCACCCAUUCGUGUUCGCCUCAAGUCUGUGUCUCUACUCGAUCCCAGCAGACCUACAUACGAGGCUUUAUCUUAUUGUUGGGGAGAUCCUGCAGACCCUGGGAUGAUGUGGUGUCAGAGGAAAGGAUGGCCUAAUCUGGACCAAAAUUUAUGGGCGGCGCUUUUCCGAUUGCGCCUGGAGGAUCGAAAGCGCCUCAUCUGGGCCGAUUCCGUGUGCAUCAACCAGGCGGACGACGAAGAGAAAAGCUGGCAGGUUUCCGCCUAUAUGGUGCCGGUCUCCGGUAGAUAG